AGCCGCUGUGGCCCGAGGACUUCGUGGGCCCAGGGUGCGCCCAGAUGGGGCGCGGGGCCUGGCCGAGGAACGGACGAGGAGGGGGGGAGAAUGCAGGACGCAAUGUAUUUGGCCGGUGCUGGCCUCUGGGUGCCUGCUCUGCGGCGUGGCCAGCGAGGACAUGAACGUCAGGCUCCUGGCUGGGGAUCACUGGGUCCCCGCGCCGCUCGACCGCGCGCGCCUCGCCAUUCGGCUGAGUUUUGAGCCAGUCUCGCCGCGCCGCUUCGCCGAGGACGCGGUGCCUGGGUGUUCUAAGCAGCUGCAGCGUUUGGCCCACACGGUGGCCCACGGGGGCGGGCAGGGCCUCGACCGCUGGUGCCGGGCGGCCUGGGGCAUGAUCGACUAGAUUGUGCGGCGGCGCGUUGCCCAAGGACCCGCUCACGUGGCCCGCGAUGGUCGGUUUCUACGCGCGGGCGGGUAUCGAGGACUGGCUCUUGGAGCUGUUCUGUGAAGGCUGGGCCGAGUCCAUGCAGCAGCUCGGCGCCAGUAGCGUUCUGGUUUUGCAGGAGCAACGUUCUGGCCAGAUCGCGCUCGACCCAAAAUCGAUUGCACAUGCGCCCACCGUCAUUUUAUUAAAGGCGCCGGGCUUGGCACUCGGUAUGGUGGCGCGACGCAUCGGAGCCAAGCGAAAU